AUGGCCGAAGUAGCUCUGGGUACGAUAGGGGCUGCGGCGAGCGUCGUGCAGCUUGGCGACGUAGCCUUGCGGUUAUGUCGAAGCAUUUCUAGCUUCAUUGGCGAAUUGAAGGAUGCAAAAGACGAUAUGCGACACCUUCGGAGUACACUCGAUGAUACCGAUUCCAUAUUGAGGAACUUAAUCGCCUACAUUCACGAGUUCCAAGAUUCUUCUUCAGCGAAAAAGGAGUACGAGGUCCUACCAGACGCAGUCGUGGCCGCCGUCCAGCACUUUUAUGACAGUCUCAAGUCACUUCGCGAGUGUCUUCCCACCGAUCUAUCGCCCAGUCUCCCGCAGAAAUUUCGUUUCGUACUUGGUAAGAAGAAGAUUCAGAUAGUGACAUCGCAGCUAGUGAGGUGCCAGGCCAGUACUUCCCUUGCCUUGAACAUAAUCUGCAACCGAAAUAGCAUCAAGUUACGUGAUGGCUUGAGCAGCCUUAGAAUCGAUAACGAGACGGCGGCUACCGAGCGAAAGAUAAUUGCACAGAACUGUUCGCAGCAGGUAUCCCAACUAUUAACCGAGAUUCGAGGUAUAUCCCAACAGCAGCCCCAAGCACUUCCAUCUUUUGAGCAAGUCGACAAACGAACUUCGAAUAUUGUGGCCAAGCUUGAAUCUAUAAAUAGAACGAUAGCAGCCCAAGGCGCUCGCUCUCGACGACAAAAGUCUACUACGGCAUUUGCAGCCGUAGAUGAAGACACCCUGGCAAAGCUCGUACGGGUCUGCGUGAUGCAGACAACCACUUCCAAGACGGAUAGAGAUGAAACAAGCAAGGUUGAUGACAUGUGCACCAAUAUUGCCUCGCAGGCUCAUCGUGAGGGAUUCUUCGACGCGAAAGACGCCGAGGAAUCAAAAGUACCAACAUCAGAGCAAUCGAUCUGGCCCGGGGGCAAAGCCCAGAGAUCUAAUCUAGUGCAGCUUUUCCAAAAACAUGAGACCAUAUGGCUACGAUGGGCGAUAAUCAAAUUGCGCGUCACCGGGUUGAGGCAUCGUCAAACAGAUAUCCAAAGAUCCGACUCAUACUUUUCCGUCGAAAUUGAUUUCAUUCCACGACAUAUUGUCUCUUUCGGAAUAUCUUUAUCGUAUACAGAUGCCCCGAAUUGGGCAAAAUAUUAUAGCAUCUGCCCAUCCAUCUUGAUAUUCAACGUGAUCCAUGAUACAACACUGAUGAAGGAAAUUUUCCGGAAUGACGAUGUGGAUAUGCUACAACGUUCGAUGAUGAACCGCGAAAUAGGUCUAAGGGACUGUGACACAGAUGGGCUUUCAAUCCUCGAUCAUGCAAUGCUCAUGUGCUCUACCAGGUGUAUUCGAUAUCUGCUAAGGUAUGAAACUCGAGUCCCCUUUUCGAGCGAUAUAUCUCUCCGUGUGAUUUUGCACGGACCCCAGAGCAAAGCUACGAAUCUCGAUGGGGUACAUGUUCCGAUACCCGCGCUUUAUGAAUUUUUAAUGUUGUGUCUGAAUUCUGGAUUGUUGGAUGGGGACGGCAUCCAAACUUUAGGUGACGUUUGGAGUUUGUUUUGGUUAGAUAGGGAGAAGCAUCCCGGCCAACCGACUUCAAUAACUUAUGAACACAAAAUUAUGUUGAACCAAGCAUUGCGAACAGCAGGAUUUAAUAUCCAACCAUUCUCGUGGCUAUCAUUCUCCGAAAGUGGAGAUAAUAAUGCCUUCGGCUUCAAUGAAUUUUGCCUGGAACUUUGCUUCAAAUCCGGCGAAGACCCUAAUGCGCCCAUGCAGUUAUGGGAUGGAUACCGCCCUCUAGAGGUUGCAGUCUUCCUUCUAAGCAAGGAAAUAUAUUAUUGGAGUUCGAAAUUGUAUUCUCGUCUGAUACACGCGGUAUCACCGCGCCUCCUAGUCAUACUCAUGAAAGCCGGAGCCGACAUUUUCUUUGCCAGGGAAGUAGGCGGCUGCCUCCAUUCGACCGCAGAGCUAGCAUACGAAUUGGGUGUCGGAUAUCUGUGGGAGGCGGCUCUUAUCGAGUGCGGUUACGACCCCAAUGAGGUCAAGAUGGAAGAUAAACGACGGAAGACAGUACUCGAGAAGUUUGACUCAGCAGAGCGGAGCGGCGUUGACAUUGAACCCAUGAAGGAAAUGCUAUCCGCGCCUGGAAAUAUACCCUAA